GCGGCCGCCAUCUUGAACCGGUCAUAGUUUCGUUGCGUAGCAGCAGUUAAGAUGCCAGAGCACUGUGCGGCAUUUUCCUGUUCCAAUCGGCGGACCAUCGCAAGUAGGGGUCGGGGGAUAACUUUUCACAAGUUUCCCAAGGACAAAGAUGUGAGGAAGAAGUGGGAAGUGGCUUUGAAGAGAGAAGGAUUCCAUGCAAGUGAUACAUCAGUACUUUGCUCUCAUCAUUUUAAGGAAGGGGAUUUUGAUAGGACGGGUCAGACUGUCCGACUCCGAGAUGGUGUUAUUCCAUCCGUCUUCAGCUUCCCGGUUCACCUCCAAAGAUUGGAAAAGGGCAGGGUUACAUCUACCUCCAGAAGAGCUGAAGAAAGCCUGUCCAUGGCCUCUCAGGAUUCCCAGGAAAUGGCAACCUCAAGCCCACAACCUCAGCCUAAUGAUGAUCAUGGCUAUGCCUUGCCUGCUUCUCCUACCGCUCUUAAGACCAGACUCAACGAAGCCUUGGCAAGAGUGGAACGUCUAGAGCGAGAGAAAAAGAAUUCCAUUGCCAGAGAAAAGAGGGCAAAAACCGCAGUGAAGAGUCUUCUGGGGGAUUUGAGAGAAAAGGACCUCAUUAAUGAAGAGCUCAAAAGAGAAGCUUGAAUUCUACUCUGAUCUUCAGCAAAGCAAGGCCACGAGUACACAAAGGGCUACAGAGAGUUUGCGCUCACGCUCCAUCUACAUGGUCCAAAGGCAUACAAAUACCUCAGAGAGACUCAACAUUUUCCCCUCCCACAUCCACAUACAACACAAAAGGUGGCUGCGUUCUGUGGCGUGUGUGUGAGAGAAAGAGAGAGAGAGAGCGAGAGAGAGAGGAGUGUGUGUGUGUGUGUGUGAGAGAGAGCGUGUGUAUGUCACAAAUCAUUAUAAAUUGUUUCUUCAACUUAUUAAAAUAUUUUAUUUUACUGCAA